AUGAGCACGACAACGACGACAGUCCAAAGCGAAACAUCCCUGCGGCGCAGGACUCAUGCCCUUGAGCGGGCUCACUCGCGUUCAAGCUUGGACACUCCUAACGGCAAGGGCAAGGCCACAGUGGAAGAGCCAGAGGGCUCGAAGCACAACCAAACACUGGGACAGGCAGGCCCCUCAUCGCCAGUAGACAAUAACAGCGAUUCCGGCUACAGCGUAGAAGAGAAGGACUCUUCUGAUGGUGAAGAUAGUGGUGGCAGCAAGGGGCGAGAGGGCAAUGGCGAGGCAGCGCAGCGCACGCGCCUUAGGCUCCACACCAAUGUCCGCCGCCCGUCAUCGAAGGAACGCAGCCCAAUGUCGCCGACGACGCGGGCGUGGUAUGAGUUCGAUCUUGCCGUUGUGGUUGCACUCGUAUCGCCCAUUGGGAACUGGCUGACAGGGGGCGACCAUGUCAAGAACCUGGUGCUCAUCAUUCUGCUCAUAUUCUACCUGCACCAGAUCAUCGAAAUUCCUUGGGCGCUUUACCAGAAAUCGAGACCUCGAACUCGAGUACCGCACAUUCCUUCAGAAGACCCAACCUCGCCCCAGGCACGUUACUCACAAAUCGCAGCUUCAGAGCUGCACAAAUUCGAGCUCUUUUUCCUUUUCCUUACAUUCUUAUCUCCUCUACUCGGUGCCCUACUUCUCCGUUACGCAAGCGAAGCUAUCCUCGGCCCAGAGGCCGUCUCGUGGUUCAGCACGGGCCUGUUCGUCCUCGCGACAGGGGUGCGGCCGUGGGCCCACCUCAUUGACCGGCUCAACCAGCGUACUGCCGAGCUGCACGACUUCGUGCUCUAUCCCCCGCCCACUCUUUCCGUCUCUGAGGAGGCGCACCAGCAGCUCGAGCAACGUGUCGCCCAGCUCGAGAAGGCACUCGGGAAGAUGCGCACCAAGGUCGCACAUGCAACCGAGGACGUAUACGAGUAUGUCGACGACGCGGUCGAUGCAGUCGAGCAUGCCAUGCGCAAGCAGGAGCGGAAGUGGGAUAAGUACGAGGGCAAGGUCAAUGAGGUCGAGCAGGUGGUUGGGCAGCUGCACGCGGUAACGACGAGGAAGGAGCACGCGACCACGUUGUAUGCCUCUCUUUUGGCAGACAUUUCAGCGUUCAAGUCUGGGUUCUUGUCGACUAUCGAUUACUUCACGAGCCCGGCCCCCCACAAGACUCUGUGCAGAGGACCUGCGUUGAAGACGCCCAUGAGGUCGCUCUCGGGCACCUCUACUCCUCUCGAGACGAUCGUCGAGGAAGAACACGCCGUUGACACUUACCCCUUGCUCGGCCGCCUAUCUUCGAUCACCUCAAGCCUGGUCUACCGUGCAGGCUACCUCGCCACAUUACCUCUCAGAGCUGUUGCCCGCAUGGUCUUCAGAAACUAUUAG